AUGGAGCCGCGGAGCAAGGAAUCCCGGCUUAAUCUCGACGUAAAUUUGCUGCUUUACCAUAUCGGCCUACCUAUUUUGUUAUUGUUAGCGAUAAUCUUCAACAUCUCUAUCCUUGCCUAUAUUUAUGUGCUUUUUCUGUUUGCUAUACCAUUUUUCGUCACGACAAAUGUCAACAAGCAUGGUCGCCGUUUGGAACGUAUCUUUAUCGAAAUUGGCUUAAGCAGAUACACUCAUCGCGAUUUUCUGGAACUGCUCAGCCAACUUCUACUCAAACAUCUCGUCUUUAUCGGCGUUGGAUUGCUUAUAUUACGGCUUCAAUUAAUUCGCUACAUCCGUGAGAAAAAGAUCUGCGAUGUGGAGCAUUUUCCGGAGCUGAGCUAUUCCGUACACUCCGAUACACGAUUUGCCGCCACCAUCCAGCAUUGUGUCUUUUUGGCAGCAAUGAUGAUUUGUGGAUUUAUUUAUCCGUCGUUGGCAACUGUUCCCUACUUUCUGCUCUAUUUCUAUGCUUUCUUACGCUGGGCAUUCGACCGGAAUAUGAGUGAUCGGGAGUUCCGAAGACUGCGAAUUCUCACUAUAAUGUACAUUUUCAUCCACAUUUCGGUGCUUCAUUGCUAUCAGCUGCCGGCUCUACAUCGAUUUUUGAAGCCAGAAACUUUCUGGACAAGAAUUUCCGGAUUGAAUCGAUUGCUCCAUUUCCGGUGCGAUCGGUUUAUCUACCCGAAAGUAACGUUUACAUGGAGUUGGCCGGAACGAGUUCAACCGUUUGUGCUGUUGAUUUUCUACAAUUUAUGUGUUUAUCAGCUAAAAAUGGGCGACGAGAAACCGUCACUUGGAGGAAGGCACAAAGGUCAAAGAGUAUCCCUGAGGCUUGUGAAUCCGCCGGAAAUCGCAACAACUGAAGGACCAUCCCCCAUCGUUCAAGUGACCAUCACUGUUGUUGACGAAGAUAAAGACCAACCUGCCAUUCAGCUCGACAAUGAAGGGAUGCUCGAUUCUCAUUCAUCAAAACUCUCCGAAAUCCUUUCCCCAAUGCAAUAUAUACGCCGCUUUUUCGCCAUGGUUGUGCACGAGGUGGUUGGCGACAAUUUCAAGCUAGCAGACUUCCUGGGGAAAAGCCUAGAAUUCGCGAAGGCGCAGGGCUACGUUUUGACCCUCUUUACGAUGAUGGCUUGGUCGCUGACAUUCCAUUCUUGGUUGACGUUUGCAUUGCUGGCGGCUUCAUGCGUUGUCUGGAUGAGUCCAAAUCCCAAGAAGUUUUGCUUUAAGGUUGGCCCUUUUAUUGCACUGUACGCGACGCUACUGCUGCUCCUCCAGUAUGUCUACAGUAUGAAUUUGACCCAAAUCGAGUUGCCUGAUGAAAAUCCACCGUAUUUGCGGCAGUUUGGCAUGGAAAAAUCAAGAGACAGCCCGCCGUUCAUUCCACUUUGCAUCAAAGCCAUUUACACAAUGCUGAUUUUUCUUUCUAUCAAACAAAAGAUUGUUGACGAAAAAUUGAAACGUUCUCAAGGUCGCGGUUCAAUUGUGGCCGAAGAAACUGAAAAAUCAAUGCUGGAAAGCAAGGAAUCGGAAAAAAAAACUCGUUGGGGAAGAAUUCGACAAUUUCUGGCUGAUCAUUGGGUGUUAUUCACUCUAUUUUUGAUCUUGGUCAUAUCGCUGCAAGACCCAGUGGUCCUCUACCGGCUGCUGUAUAUGACCUUCUUCCAGACGUUCCUCAUAUUCUUCCAAGUUUCCUUCCCAACCUGGCGCCGAGGGUUGUAUUUCUUUUGGAUGGCAAUGAUCAUCUACUGUAUGGCUGUCGUUACUCUCAUCUAUACCUUCCAAUUCCACGGUGUCCCCGAUUUCUAUGGGCGGUAUUUGAAUGCUGAUGUCCGUCGUGAGAAGGAGGCGGAGGAGGAAAAGGCAAGGGAAGCAUUGGCUGAGGAAGAGAGUCGCCAAAAGUUGGAUAUGAAAGCGAAGAUGAGGGUUUAUUUGGGAAAGCUGGAAAAGAAGUAUCAUCAUAUGGUUGAUAAACGAGAUCAAUAUAUUGAAGUGAUUUGGCGGAUUGUGGAGAUGCAUAUGGAGAGGGCUAUUUGUUGUUUGAUGGUUUAUGUGGCGAUUGUUGAGGUUUCCGCUACAAAUAUACCAAUGAUGGUGUUCGUAUCGUUUGUGCUCCCUCGAGAACAUUUGUAUUCUGCUCUCUCCCCAUUUUUGGCUGUAUGGACCUCAAUUCUCGUGAUGGGAAAAAUGCUCUAUCAAAUGGACGCUUUUCGGGAGGAGACAUUUUUGGGGAAUUGUGAGACGGAUAUUCUGAACGGCACGUACUCGGUAAUGCCGUGGACUGGAUUGAAUAAAACGGCUACAGUAUCUACACUGUUAUGGCCCUAUGUUGCCCUUACCAUCGCAUUUGCUGCACGAACAGUCGUCUGGUUAAGAAUGACAAUGCAUCGAAAAAAUAACCAGGAAGCCCCUCCACUACGCGGUAUUAUAUUUUCCAACAUAAGCCGCAGAAAAGCCGACAAAUCACUGAGCAAAUGCUUGCAAUACCUUGCAAACUAUUUCUUUUACAAAUUCGGCUUUGAGUGUUGCUGCAUUAUUUCCGUGAUUACCAUCGGACUUCGGUGUGAUAUCUACUCGGUGAUCUACGCCAUAUUUUUGAUUGUAUUCCUAAUCCGACGUCGUGAAGAAGUUGCUGCAAUCUGGCCAAAAUACACCAUUUUCCUGGCCGUGACUUUUUCAAUACAGUACCUGCUAUGCCUUGGAAUUCCAAAAAUCUUCUGUCUGGCAUAUCCCUGGAGCUCGUGGGAUCAAGAUUUGAUUGAAUGGCUUUUCUUACCUGAUCAUUUGGUCCCUCCAAAUGCCGUCAAAUUAUGGGCUGAUUUCUUCCAACUCUUGUUCGUCAGUUGCCAAGCCCACGUCUUUUCUAUUGAACUCUCUAAAGAUGCCGGUUAUUAUCCUGGAGGCCAAAAUUCGCCGGUUGUCUCGUACCAGAGUCUGUAUACCUUGUGGUAUUGUGCCCUCAAGAAAAUAGCUCUUGAUGGACCAACGAGAAGGAAGAAGAAAGAACCUAUCAACGUUCCCGAUUUUAUCAGCAAUCGAAAAACGUUGUUGGAUCUGGCGAAGACUUUUAUAUUUGUCUAUUUUUACUGGAUAACGCUGGGAGUGAUUUUUGUGACCGGCACGAGCACAG